AUGAAGGUUUUUGCUCUUUUUGGAUGCGCUGCUUUUGCUCAAGAAGUUUUCACUACAGAAGCUGUUAUCGAAACCACCACGGAGAAUCCUUUCCCCCACGAUCCUGUCGCUAUGGAAUUCUGCGCUAGCGGCUGCAAAGACACUGAUUUUGAAGAUCCUGCCGGACACUGCUUGGACGGCUUCUAUCCGUAUCCUGAUGAGUGCUCCAAGUACAUCGUCUGCUGGGACCAAGGCCUUUUCGGAGAUGGAUUCGAUUGUGCUGGUGGACUUGUGUGGAACCAGCGAUAUUUCAUUUGCGACUGGCCCUACAAUCUUCCAGAAGAUCACCCAUGCUUUAGUGCCUAA